UUUCUCAGCCGCCAUGUUUAUGCGGGGCUAAAGGUUUCUCCAUUUAAAAUUAUUUAAGUCUUCAGACGGAAAAGGUUCUGGAACGUAGAAAAACCUUACGCCCCCGAAGACAAAACCCUCGAAUCCUUAACUGGAAGAAAUUUAUGUGAGGUCGAUGAAGAAUGGAUACUGACAGUCAGGAGCUGCUAGCUGUGUAUUAUGAGCAGCAGGACAGGAUAUUCCUGGAAAAUGGAUAUUCCUCCUCAAACAGCAUAUAUCCAGGACAGGAAGAUAACAGCACCAGGUCGGAAAAGCUGCUGGAAGAAUGGGCAGUUACCGGACGUAGUAGUUUCACUGAGAGUGAACCUGAGGACACAUUACAGACAAUGAUUAACCCCAAUGAGGUUUACAGCAGCAGUCGGAGAGUAGUCGAAGUAGCCUCAGAGACUGACAGCGGCAUCUCCGAUGACCAGCGCCCAGACAGUCCACAGCACAGUGACCCUGGACCUGAGAGUGAGGCUGGUCCCAGCACAUUCUACCAGGUUGUGUAUGGAGUCAGUAUGCUGGAAGGCAUGAAGACAGAGCGAGCAGCCAACAGCACCAGCCUCGUGUCAAUCGAGCUCGGCAGUUGGAAUACGCCGAUGCUGAUCCCAGAGACUUGUGUUGUAGACACUGCACCAACCCUCACAGGCAGUGUGAAGAGGUCACGUAGCAUCACAGACACUGACACAGAUAUCGUCAACAGCCUGAUGGUAAAGAAGCAUUUCCCUGACCUGGCACUGACUGAGGAGGAGAAACGGCUGCUGAAUCAGGAGGGAAUUGUCCUGCCCAGCAACCUGCCUCUGACCAAGGCUGAGGAACGGAUUUUGAAGAAGGUGCGGAGAAAGAUCCGGAAUAAGCAGUCAGCACAAGAAAGUAGGAGGAGGAAGAAGGAAUACAUUGAUGGGUUAGAGAGCAGGGUUGCUGCCUGUACAGCUCAAAACCAGGAGCUUCAGAAACAAGUGCUACAGCUCGAACAUCACAAUGUGUCUCUGCUAACUCAGCUACGUAGGUUACAGUCUCUGAUUAAAGAGACUUCGAACAAGGCGGCACAGACCAGUACCUGCAUCAUGAUUAUGACUUUCUCCCUGAUGCUGCUGAUUAUGCCCAGUUACAACCUGAUCCGCUUGGAAACUCCAGUCAAGCAGCAGGGAUACAAACCCACUGGAGUUAUUUCCAGGACAAUCCUAACAGAUCUGGAAUCGACCCAGAUAUCGGAACUGGCUGAGAGCUCUCUCUCUGAUGUCCUGGGAUCUGUAGAGGUGCAGGAAGAAGCUGCCCCAUUGGCUGACAACCUGAGACCCAACUCCCAAGACGGGCCAGUUAUCAAAGGGAGCCGGUCAGGUCUCCUGCUCAAAGCCCGGGUUCCCCCGGUUAGUCACCUGGAAGAUUCAGAUCUCCAGAAAACCAGCAAGAAUUCUUCGUCUGGACGACAGGAGGAUUCGUCCGACUCUGGCACUCCCAUCCCGAGCCCUGACCUGCUCCGUGGACACUCCCCGACUCCCAGCUCACCACACCCGGGCCAGCCAUCUGAGACUACGAAAUCUGGCCGUGCGGAUGAGAUGUGAAAUGGGCUUUUCCAUCUUUCAGACCUAUAGUAGGGCAACUGGGUCACUACCUCAGGAUCAGGUGCCUCUGUCCCUGUGUGAGGGACAGGCCACCGAGUGACCCCCUGUGUGAGGGACAGAGGCACCGAGUGACCCCCUGUGUGAGGGACAGAGGCACCGAGUGGACCAGUCAGUGGGGUAUCAGCCACUGAUGACACCGAACUCUAACCCCCACGCCGGCUCCCAGACACUUCAUCUAUACCUUGUCCCAUCUUGAUGGGACAAGCUGCUGAUUGGACACUACAUUUCUUUUAUUGGUCUGGUAUUUCUUCUAUUGGUCUGGUAUUUCUUCUAUUGGUCUGGUAUUUCUUCUAUUGGUCUGGUAUUUCUUCUAUUGGUCUGGUAUUUCUUCUAUUGGUCUGGUAUUUCUUCUAUUGGUCUGGUAUUUCUCCAAUGGUCUGGUAUUUCUUCUAUUGGUCUGGUAUUUCUUCUAUUGGUCUGGUAUUUCUCAUUAAUGAGGUUUGUAAAUAGUCCUUCAUAAAAAUCCAAACAUCCUCUCUCUCACUCUCUCCAUGUGUGUUUGAGAGUGUGAGUGAGUGAGUGUUUGUGAGAGUGAGUGAGUGUGUGUGUGUGUGUGUGUGUGUGUGUGUGUGUGUGAGAGAGUGAGUGCGUG